AUGGCGGAGAGUAUAAUAAAUCUCACCCUAGAGAUCCUCUUCCGGCUUACUGGAGAGGACUACACAGUAGUGAAGAAGACCUCUAGUGAGCGCUGUCAGGCCCCUGUGUCUGAAGGAUGGGGAAGAACCCUGAGUCCAAUCACGGGGCCUCCACCCCACCCCCUGAUACAUGAGGAAAUCAACAGAGAGAAGAUCCUAGAACUCGCCAACAAGAUGAUUGAGCUGCUGACUGGAGAGGUUCCUGUAAGGUGUCAGGAUGUCAUAGUCUAUUUCUCCAUGGAGGAGUGGGAGUAUGUAAAAGGACACCAAGAUCUGUACAAGGACAUCAUGAUGGUGGAUCACUGGCCUCUCAUAUCACCAGUUAAGGAAGAGAGGGAGAGAACAAAACCUGAGAGAUGUCCCAGUCCACAUCUUCCACAGGAUAAUUCAGAAGAACAUCACUAUUAUUACAUGAUUUAUCCUUGUAUUAAUGAGAAAGACGGAGAUGGCAGGAUUACAGCUGACCAUAGACGUUACAUGUUGUCAGGAUCUUCUCACUAUUUUCUCCCUGUAGAGACUUUUUAG